AUCUUCCGUACAUAAUCUACAUAAUCACGGCUACGUGCCGCCUUGCACCCUAAUCUUGCAAUUAUUGUUCUUUGUACAUGUUGCCACAUUCAUAGACCACCACCUUUGGCCCCCACGAUCACAACAGCCUCCACACUCGCUCGUAGCUGCCACGAUCCCAGCUCGCGUAACUGCAGCAGUCGCGCCCCCUCCUACUUCCUUCUUCCCCUCGAGAUACCGUUGGCAGGCACCUUCUAGCCACGAUGGUGGGCCCGCGCAAACCCCCGGCGCUGGCAGAAGAGAGCGCCGAAGUCGAAGUGCUGUUCGCCAACAUGGACAAGAUGAAGGCGCUCACGAAGAAGAUCCAAGGCUCCGUUAACAGACUCGAUGCCAGCGGUAAAGCGGUGCAGGACGCCAUUAGCCCGAUCUACGGGAACACGCAGAAGCUGCAGAUUGCAACGAGCAAUAUUGAUAGGGUUAUUGAGGCGAUUGAGAGAUUGAGGGCGCCGAGGGAUCAGAGUGAGAGGGAGGAGAGGAUCAUCAGGGCUGGGCCUGGACGGGGCGACCUCCGCGAUUACAUUGCAUCUCUCGACCGGACUACGAUGGCCCUCGCCGACUUGAAGCGCACGAACCUUCGCUCGAACGAACAGGCAAUAGCACAAUUGAACGGCCUCCUGAAGUUGGGAAACAAGCAGCUGGAAGACGUCUUUCGCGGCAUACUGGGAGACUGUUCGAGGCAAAAGUUGCAACCGCUGGAGUUCGUUGCGAAGAACAACCCCUUCCCACUUCUACCGCAAGAUCAGCUGUCGACUUUGCGCGGCAUCAACAAUCACAUUUCUCAAGCCGUCGCCUCCACAUCGCAAGUAGACUUGUCUUCAACACCAACGCAAAGGAUCUAUGCAGACAUUCGAGGCAGCUAUCUGGAGAGUUCGCUCGGCAGUCUGGCUCAGGCUUCAGUCACCACAGCCAGAAAGGUGCAGCCUGACGCAUUGUACAAGAAAGGCACCAACGGCAUUGGUACAUACGUGCAGGCAAUAGAGGGUAUCUUCGUGGCCGAGUACGACAACAUCACCAACGUCUUUGCGCGAGGUGAAUGGACGCCGGUCUGCGAAUCGACCUGCCAGACCUCGCUAGGAGAGUUCAACCGGACGUUACGUGAGCUGAACGGCCAUAUCCAGAAGAACCUGCUCACCGACUGUUUCCUUGGUUACGAGAUCUGUGGCAUGGUACGCACGUUGUCUCUGCGGCUACAAGACACCACUGGCGCACUCAAGGGUCAGAUCUAUGACAGCGUCAAGCCUAUUCGAGAAACAUCGAAGACCUCCUUGAGCAAGCUUAUCGAAGAUACAAGAGUCCGCACACAAACGCUCGUUGCUCUACCAAUGGACGGGGCUGCAGUCCCCAUCACAACAGAGAGCAUGCGUCGCCUGCAGGAGAUGACCAAUUACCUGGAUCCACUAUCCUCAAUACUGGCGUCAUUGGGCGAAGGCGGCUGGAACAACCCCUCUGCGAAUAACUCGUCGACCACCUUGGAUGUCAAUCCUGACAUGGUCAAGCUAUUUGCAUCAUACGCGUCCGACACAAUCGACACACUUAUUCAGAACCUCAUGAGCAAAGCCAAAAUGCUGCUGAAGGGCAAGAAUUUACAGGGUAUCUUCCUGGCGAACAACAUAGCGAUUGUCACCCGGGUCAUUCGCAACUCUGAGCUUGCACCACUCUUGGAGAGCUACGCAGGUAAACUUGCAGGCUGGCGCAAGACGAGUUCCGCUAUGUAUCUCGAAGCGUGGCGGGAGCCAUCUGGACAUCUGCUCGACGUGCAGUACACGAAUCGCUCAAAGGAAAGACCACACUCUGGUGGUGGGGCUGCCGACUCCGCAGCCAUCGUAAAGGGUUUGGGUUCGAAGGACAAGGACGCAAUCAAGGAGAAGUUCAAGAACUUCAACACAAGCUUCGAGGACCUUGUCGCCCGUCACAAGACCUACGCCAUGGAGGCUGAAGUGCGUACGCAGUUGUCGAAGGAGGUGCAGAACAUCAUCGAGCCGCUGUACAAUCGCUUCUACGACAAGUACCGCGAGAUUGAUAAAGGCAAGGGCAAGUACGUCAAGUAUGACAAGGCUGAGCUCAACAAGGCGCUCAUGAGUUUUUCUUGAUGAUGCAUUGUCUUUGGCGUUGGAUUGGACUUUUCGCAUAAUACCCUUGGUUGUGUAUAUUUCGCAUCGAGUCGAAGUCGGCAUUGGAUAGAUGCUGGUGCACGCGUCAGAAGUUGGGCAUAUAUUAUUGGGACCCAAGAUAGUGCUUCCCUGAACCCACGUUGAAGAGAGGGAGGAGGCUGCGUACCAAAGAAUAUGAGCCGCGGAGGCAGUACAGUAUGUGAGCAUCUCU